GAUAAUUGGGGUUAUGAAUUUGUGUUACAAACUAGCUGGCAAUCAAACUUCUCUGCUCAUGAUAGCUGCCUAAUUGCCAACAAUCAGUUGAGGUUCCACAUCAGUAGCAGUUCAAGAAGGAAAUUAAUGGGUUCUGAUAUUGCAGCAAAGCAUGAACUAGACAGAGCCGUGUUUGGACGAAAGUGGAAGGAAGUGGCGGAGAUAUUCAGGGAUCAUCCACAAAUUCAGCCCACCAAGAUCACCAAAUCCGAAGACAAUGCACUGCACUUGGCUAUCACUCUUGACGCACCAGAGGCCACUGUUAUAGGCCUCAUUGAUCAUAUUGUGAAGAACAACCCAGAAGUUUCCAUGGAGAUUAUCGCGGCCAAGAACAAGCAACACGAUACUCCUUUGCACUGUGCUGCCUCUCGUGGCUCAACCUCUAUCUGUCAACGAAUAAUACAAGUCGAUGAAAAGCUUGUUCUUGAGCUUAACAAUGAGGGAGAGACACCUCUCUUUCUAGCUGCUCUUAACGGUCACACUAAUACUUUUAUGUAUCUUCAUUCUGUUUGCCGUCAGAAGAUCGCCACAAUCAGCAGGAAAAAUGGAGAUACUAUACUUCACUGUACCAUUCAGAGAGAAUACUUUGAAUUGGCAUAUAAAAUAAUUAGUCUCUACGGUGGUGAUGGUGAAAAGAACAUUGUUAGCUUUGAGAACAAGGAAGGAAUCACGCCUCUUCAAGUGCUUGCCUCUGUUCCAUCAGCUUUCAAAAGCGUAUCUUGUUUGUUAAGUGAAGACUUGGGUGUAGAGCAGCUGAAAAACGAUGAUGAAACUCAGAAUCAGGAUGUGGAGGUAGGAAAUUCUGACUCUUUGAAGAUCGAUGAUGCCAAAGCAGAACAGUGCCUCCAUGUCCAUGGGAUCACUACGAAGAUAGGGUCAAUAAAAAAGAUAAAAGAGAAACAUCUAUGGGGCAGGCUAAUCAUGGAAAAACUUUUACAUCUAAAUUCUGAGUAUAAGUACAACGGAAAUGAAAGUCAGAUUGCACGCUGGCCAUCAGGUCUUAACGAGCAACAACAACAACAAUGUUCUCUUAGGCCUUCCUCUACUUCUCUUAAUCGAACUCAAAGUCUUAACGAGCAAGGAAAAUCAUCAUCCUCGAAAAAAGACCAUAAAUCGACAGCAUUACUAGUGGCAACAAAGUACGGUCUGCUGGAGCUGGUGGAGAAAAUCCUGGAAGAACUGCCGGUGGCGAUAUAUGACAAAACAGAACCAAAGAAGAGAAACGUGGUGCACACGGCAGUACAGAAAAGGCAAACCCACGUGUUGAAGUUAUUAAUGAUACACCCACUGUGGGAUAGCCUCAUAGAAGAUGUUGAUGCCGAUGGAAAUAAUGUUCUGCACAUGGCAGCAUUUCUACCAAAACACAUGCCUUGGGAAGUUCAUGGCUCUGCAAUGCAAAUGCAAUACGAAGCCAAAUGGUACCGGUAUGUGAAAGAACGUGUACCAGCUUAUCUAUAUGCCAUGGAAAACAAGGAAGGUGACACUCCGGAGGAGAUCUUCGUGGCAGAGCACAAGAAACUGUUGAAAGAAAGUAACGAGUGGAUCAAGGACACUUCAAGUUCUUACUCCAUUGUUGCAGCACUUACUGCUGGAGUUACCUACGCCACAUCGUACACUGUCCCUGGAGGCACAAAUGACAAUACAGGAAGACCAGCGUUAGAAGGCCAACUUGCACUCAACAUUUUUGUUGUCUCCAUUUUCGUUUCGUUUUGCUUCUCCAUCACUUCCUUGGCUGCGUUCUUGGCCGUUUUCAGCUCUCGGAAGCAACCAGAUGAUUUCCGUAGGAACUUGCCGCUGAAACUGUGCUUUGCGUUAACGUCGUUUUAUGUCGCUGUGGUCUCAAUAAUGGUCUCAUUUUGUUCGGCGCAUUCACUUGAAGUUGAACCCAGAAUCAGGGAUCGAGUUAUGCCGGUGUAUAGUUUGAUCAUCGUGCCACUGUUCUUUUACACGUUAGUACAGAUUCCACUCUAUUGGGAUCUUCUCGUGGCCUCUUUUACGACUGUGCCGCAGCCAAGGCUUGCGGGAGAAAGCAUAACCAUGACUGUUCCCAAAAAGAGAAGUAAAACUACGUAGGAUUAUUUAUGGUAAUUUCUUUCAUCUAUUCAUGGACAUCAAUUAUUUUCUUGCCUUUCUUUUUCUAUGAUUACGUACCUUCCAGUUUGAUGAUGAAUUUUGAAUUAUGAGAAAAAAAUAUUUGUUUUAGUCUUAUUUAUA